GUUUGCACCUCACUGAAAAUAGCAACGCAUUUACUAACAGAAACGUAAACGAGUCCAGUCACUUGACCGACUUGCGCGAUAUUACCUAACAACUCGGUUUGCGUCGGGGAUGCCCUUACCCGAUCCAGUCAAGGCUUCCGUUUACGAUCAAAGUUGGAGUCCAGAUCCCCACACUUUUACGUGAUUUUACGUGAUCUCAACACCGAUCCGGGGUUGCCGGUUGCCCCUUUGUCCCAUCUUUGAGCCAGCGAUGGAUCAAAUAGCGUCAAAUAGCGUCAUAAUGAUCUACGUCCUCCCCCGCGAAAUCUUAUAAGAGAAGUUCCCCGGACUUGAGAACUGAUCAUCAAUUCAGCCUAUACUACGACGGGUACCUUAUUUCCUCAGUUCUAUACUUCAAAGUUCAAAUGACCCAGAGUCCACCCUCUAUCAUCAUGACCAUCCAAUCAACACAACACUCCUCAGGCUGGAAAUGCCAACAAUGCGGACUCCCGGGCGUUCGCGUAUCCACGGGCUCCGGUCCAGCCCACUACAAAUGCGUCCCAUGCAAUCGCUCCCUAGGCCUUUGCCCCUGCACAACACCAGGAGCCAGAACGACCUCUACAUGCCCAUGUGGCGACAGCGAUUCCGAAUCACCGGGCCUAGAGGAGAUUCCUCGUGGCGUCUCAAUGCUCUCCGCGAGGAAGGGUUCUCUCAACCCACACAACCCGGACUCGGGCUUCGAUGAGGAUUGGGAGGCAAAUUGCAGCCCUGGCUACAUGGUUGCUCGCUUCAAGGCUGAGGGCCAUGAGCUGCUUUGGCAUUGAACAUUUUGCAUUUCUCGGUAUAUUUUUCAUAUAGCGUGCGCCUUGUUUAAUUUAUCAUGAGUUUUUACUCUAUUGUUGCCUGUCAAGGCGAUGCUGGGAUAUUUCCAGUGAAAAGUUACUUUACGUCAAUAAUGAGAACUAUGGUCUUGG